AUGUAUUAUCGUUCACAUGUUGACCAUUUUCAACGACAGUACGGUCAAUUGUCACAUAGUCAAUUGGUGCAUAAAUUAAAAAAUUCAUCCUAUAUUACAAAACGUUUAAAACGUGAAAGAAUAACGUUGCAUGUUCAUCAUGGAUGUGUGAAUACUCUGUGCUGGAAUGAUCGAGGUACAGUAAUACUCAGUGGCAGUGAUGAUCAACAAUUAAUUGUCAUCGAUCCAUUCUCACAUACGAUUCGUAAAUGUAUCCAUAGUGGUCACAGAGAAAAUAUCUUUUCGGCAAAAUUUUUGCCAGAAACAAAUGAUUUAAGUGUUGUGUCGUGUUCAGGUGACGGACAAAUUUUCUAUACAGAUUUAACAAAUGCGUCAUCAUCAUCGACGACAAUGUGUUCCUCUAUACCGCCACAUCAUAAUCCAUCCCAGCCAACACGCGAAGGAUGCUUUAAUUGUCAUGGUUCGACGACAUGUUAUGAAAUUCGAGUUAUACCACAAACACCAAAUUUAUUUUUUUCAUGUUCAGAGGAUUGUACAGUAAGAUUAUUUGAUUUAAGAACAAAGUCAAAAUGUUUAAAACCAAAUUGUCAUGAUGAUAUACUUAUUCGAAGUAGAUGGGCCAUAACAUCAAUGGAUAUUAAUCCAUUCAAUUCAAAUGAGAUUGUCUGUGCUUGCUCGGAUUCAUCAAUUCGUAUAUAUGAUCAUCGAAAGUUAUCAGUAUCUAGUUUUUAUUCCGAAACCAAACAACAAUUAAGAUCAUGUGGGAAACAUAACGAGGGCAGUAUCAAUGGUCUCGUAGGACGAUUUUUACUUAAUGAACCAACCGAACCUAGUCCUCAUAGAAUUACCUCUGUUGUUUAUAAUCGUUAUGGUACAGAAAUAUUAGCAUCCUAUUCAUGUGAAGCAUUGUAUUUGGUUGAUCCAAAAAAUUUGACAGCACAAACGAAACAAAAGGAACAGUUGAACAUUCACCGACACGAAAAGAAACAACAAUGUAAUAAUAGAUCUUCAUCUACACUAAACACAAACUCUACGGAACAAUCAGCGCCAAAACAAGUGCAAACUACCACCAGAGAAACGCUAUCGACGCUGACAUCAUCCACUGAACAUCGGGGCGCUUCACAUUUUAAACGUUUGAGACUAAGGGGUGAUUGGUCUGAUACGGGUCCCGAAUCACGUCCCCAAAUAGAGAGCGAUAUUUUUGAAACAGACAGUGCACAGCAACAUGACGAACAAACAACAGAAGCAAAUAGCGAUGAGGGUAAUCUGCAACAACCACAAAGAAGGAAUUUGCAAAAUUAUUUUAUGCAGAGAAUGUCGGAUAUAUUGACUCAGCUCGUAUCACGAACGGCAGCAACCCAAGAAGAUGAUCAUUCUGCUUCUAAUCAAGAGACAAACAGCAAUAACAGUGAAGAAAUGGAAGUGAUUCAAAACACAGUAGAAACUUCAUCACACGAUGCUCAAUCAGUUUCAACCAAAAAUGACAAAACUGCCAAUGAAGAUCCGACAUUUUCGUCAAUCACCAACGAAUCCGACCGUUUAUCUGAAAACACUAGUCAAAUGGCAACAGUAAAAUCGACGGAAUCUAGAAGUGUUGAACUAAAUCAUUCUGAAAUACCCGAAAUUGCCGCUAACAACUCCUCACAAUCACAUCAUCAACAAUCAAGUGAACAUUCCAUAGCCAGUGGUCCAUUCUCCAAUCUCAAUGUUACUGCUGAUGAGCCAUCACCAAGUCUCAACACAAACAGCAGUGAACCAGUGGAAAAUGAAGAUGAAACAUCACGUGAAAGUUAUUCAGUUGUGUUUCAUGAAGAUGACUUUGAUGAAGAUGAAACUGAUGAAAAUGGCUCGGAUGAGGAUGAGGAUGAGGAUGAAGAUGAGGAUGACGAUGAACGAGAACGGAGUAGUCAGCAAGAAUCAACUGGUGGGGAAGCUACUGCUUCUGCCGCACAUCAACCACGCCGUCGUUCACGUCCAAAUAUGCUCGAAAAAUUCGAUCGUAUAAUGAAAAAACGUGACCUUGCCCGAAAAAAUGAGGAAGAUAUGUUAAAAGAUAUACCAAGCCCAACAUUAAUUAAUUCUUAUGAUGGUCAUCGAAAUGCACGAACAAUGAUUAAAGAAUGUAAUUUUUGGGGUGAUCGACAUGUCAUGUCAGGAUCAGAUUGUGGUCACAUAUUUAUUUGGGAUAAAAAUUCUAGUCGUAUCGUUCGAAUAAUUAAAGCUGAUGAUCAUGUUGUUAACUGCCUUCAGCCUCAUCCUCUCAACUAUCCUAUAUUAGCAUCAAGUGGAAUUGAUUAUAACAUCAAGUUAUGGUCACCAUUACUCGAACAUGCUGUUGACGAACAAGACAUUAUAAAUGAAAGAGUAAAACGUAAUUCACUGAUGUUGGAAGAAACAAGUUCAACCAUAACUGUGCCGGCAACAUUCAUGUUGAGGAUGUUAACAACUUUUUAUCGUUCAAGAAGGACUGAUGAUGAAUAA